UCUUCCAGGCACGAAUUUCACCUUUAGAUUGCUUUAUUUAUCUAAGUUUUCGUGCUGUUUUUAAGGUGCGCAGAACUUCUUGCAUUAUAUGGGGAUUUGCUGCUGUUCUUAACACCGUAUAGUUUUACUACUCCAGCAUUCGUCAACGAACAGGUUUCUGCUUCGAAAAAAUGUGCACUUUCUUUGUUAUUCUGCAGUCUUCUCGUGUAUCACGCACUUAAGAUCGUAGUUCUCGUACAGCAGUACUCCAUUAGUUAAUCGGUUUUUCUUGAUGUUCCACCACGAAGACUACGUGGAGUUCAACGGUCUUGCUAAAGAAAAUGAAUAAUUACUCUCGAGUUAAACAGAUUGGCGAAGGGAGCUUUGGAAAAGUGCAUCUUGUCAGCGAUAAAACCACGCACGGGAAAUAUGUGAUGAAGGAAAUCAAUACAGGCAAGAUCACCGCGAAAGAGUACAACGAAGCGCGACAAGAAGUUGCGGUGCUGUCCACGCUACGGCAUUCAAACAUUGUUGCCUACCGUGAAUCGUUCGAGGAGAAAGGCCUUCUGUACAUUGUGAUGGGCUACUGUGAGAAUGGGGAUCUGUUCUCUAAGAUUGAGUCGCAGAACGGUGUGCUGUUUCCGGAAGAUCUCAUCCUGGAUUGGUUUGUGCAACUGUGUAUGGCCGUCAAGUACAUUCAUGAUCGGCGUAUUCUGCAUCGGGAUAUUAAAUCGCAGAAUGUGUUUCUGACCCGGUCUGGUGCGGUGAUUGGGGAUUUCGAGAUAGCGAGGGUUCUGGAUAGUACGCAGGAUUUCGCCAAGACUUGUAUUGGCACUCCGUAUUAUCUCUCACCAGAAAUCUGUGAAAACAAACCAUAUGGAUACAAAAGCGACAUGUGGAGUCUGGGCUGCGUCUUAUAUGAACUCGCCACUCUGAAACACCCGUUUUUAGCGAAUAACAUUAAGACUCUUUUGACGAAAAUAUUACGCGGCACGUAUCCUCCGAUCUCGACAUCGUACAGUUCCGAUAUGAAAGACCUUAUCCAGGCCCUCUUUCGGCAUGAACCCAAACAUCGCCCUUCCGCCACCGCUGUUCUGCGCCGCCCAGCGGUGCUGCAGCGCUGCCGCAAGUUCUUGACAGAGUCCAGCUACAACGAGUUGGAGGCUUCGGUGAAUUUGGCUCCGGUUCGCUCGAAGAAAACAUUUAUCACCACCAAAAAGGUUGUGCAAAAAGCGCCGACCUCCUCACCGUAUAUGCAGUCAUUGCAGCGCACGAGGACGCGGACACGAACGAUAACAUCGGGAACACAGUUGGAUCCGGAACGGAUUCGCAAAGCGGCAUUGCGCAGUAAGGAAGCGGAGCGGAAGGCGGUGGCACGGAGGCAGAGGGCACUGGAUCUGAAAUCGCAACGGUCGACCGGGACCACGACGGAGAGUUCAUCGUGGAUGUCCAGUUCCGCGGAAGACUUGACCCCUCGCGCCAUUGAUUUUGAAACGGAAGAAUAUGCAGUGAUGAAAGGGGCGACAAAUACGCCGCUUCGUGAGCGCUCCACCAGCCUGGACAGUACCGCCUUUUCCCCACUUCGUGCACCUUUUAACGACCACAUCCAGUCGAUCGAAAUUGCAGAUGUGGAUUCGGCCAGUGUUGGUUCAGCCAUUCCUCUCGGGAUUCCGGUUUCCCGAUGCGCCUCGCAUGUGUCCGAAAAACCUCGACCGCAGUGGCACAACGAGCCGAUCCGUUUGAGUUCCAUUCACGCCAUGAAUCCGGAGAUGACCGCCUCGCAAAUGGAUUUGACCACCAGCGCUGACAUGGUUGUCUUGCAUUGCAAAGAAUCCGGCAGCCAGUUAGAUGCCACCAGGAUUAUUUUCCCCCGAAUGGACGACUUUCCCUCCAUUCGGGACGUGGAGUGCGACAUGACGCCACGCUCUGUAACCACGGGCGAUGGACUGGCUGAUGGCAAUACGGAAUUGGCACGUGAACGAAUUUCUGAUGGGGAAUUUUCUGAUGAAGUGAAUCGGCAUAAUAAGGAAAUUCACGAUGGAGAAUUGCAGCCGGAGGCGGCGCAUGUUAACGACAUGGGCUGCACAAGUGCGCCGACGUCGCGGCCUGUCAGUGCCCGCUCGCAAAAUGGGAUUAACUUGGCGGCGGCUGUGCGAAAAGAGAUUUCUGACUGGGUUGCGUCAGUGUCGAAGGAACCAGACGUUGAGGAAGAAAUGCCGGAAGUCGAUAUUGGCGGUUCAGCACGGAGUGAACUCUCCAUAACUGACGCAUCCAAUGGGCUCCCAUCAGCGCUAAGCGAUACCGUGACGUUGGUUGGCUCCGAUUCCGAUGAGAGCCUUAGUAGUGCUCGUCUUUCCAAGCCGCCCUCCAAGUAUUGGUUACUGGAAGCUCGCCGCCAGGAACUUGAAAAGUUAUUAACUUUGGACACGUUUCGGGUUUGUUACUGGACUUUGGCAAAUGCGCUGAGUAUUGCUGAGGGAGCUGACGAUGAGGGACAUCAGGAAGAAGCCAUCGCUCACGUAGGAAGAAUUCUGGGAGAUGAUAAGCAGCAGUUAGGCAAUAAGAUCCUUGCUUUGGUGCUAAGCGAUGCUAUGCAUUUUUUUAACGCAGAAAAGCCGUUCUAUUAGAAGUUUUUGAAAAUGGUCAGAUUGAGAUCUCGUUCGCGUUGAACUUCCGGUUUAAUUUGCAUGUGGAGUUUCGAUAUAAGAGUUUCACAGAGCAGAGGCACCUCCAUGAUAACAAUGUGAUGUGUAAUAUAAGUUUCCUUUAUAAUGCCAAUAAAUUUAUACUACAGAUGUUUAGACGCUUCUG